GGGGGGGGGAUGUGAAUGGCGCUGGGGGUGCUCGGCGGGAGCGACAUGGAGUGGGAGAAGCUGCCGCGGAGGCCCGGGGAGGGCGAAGGGGAGGCGGCGGGGCCCUGGCCGGGCUGCGGGCGGCCGCGGCCCUCCUCGUACCGGGCGCUGCGCAGCGCCGUCUCCACCCUGGCGCGGAUCGACGACUUCUACUGCGAGAAGAUCGGGGCCGGCUUCUUCUCCGAGGUGUUCAAGGUGCGGCACCGCCAGUCGGGGCAGAUCAUGGUGCUGAAGAUGAACAAGCUGACCAGCAACCGGGGCAACAUGCUGCGAGAGGUGCAGCUGAUGAACCGCCUCUCGCACCCCAACAUCCUCAGGUUCAUGGGGGUGUGUGUGCACCAGGGACAGCUUCACGCGCUGACAGAGUACAUCAAUGGUGGGAACCUGGAGCAGCUGCUGGACAGCCCUGUGCCCCUCUCCUGGUCCAUGCGUGUCAAGCUGGCCCUCGACAUCGCCCGUGGCCUGCGCUACCUGCACUCCAAGGGCAUCUUCCACCGUGACCUCACCUCCAAGAACUGCCUGGUGCGCUGCGAGGCCAAUGGCUACACAGCUGUCGUGGGUGACUUCGGCUUGGCGGAGAAGAUCCCCAACUACAGCGAGGGCAGUGAGAAGGAACCGUUGGCUGUGGUGGGCUCCCCAUACUGGAUGGCGCCUGAGGUGCUGCGAGGGGAGAUCUACAACGAGAAGGCUGAUGUGUUCGCCUACGGCAUCAUCCUGUGCGAGACCAUCGCUCGUGUCCCCGCUGACCCCGACUACCUGCCCCGCACCGAGGAUUUUGGUCUGGACGUCACCGCUUUCCGCACCAUGGUGGGAAUCGACUGCCCGGCGGCGUUUCUCCAGCUCGCUUUCCACUGCUGCAGUAUGGAGCCCACCACCCGCCCCUCGUUCCUGGAAAUCACGCAGUGCCUGGAGGGCAUCCUGCAGCACCAGCCGGGCGCUGAGGGUGCCAGGGCCACCCUUUUCGGCGUCGGGGAGAGCCUGCCCACCCCUGGGAUGGCGGCCACGCUCAACGGGGUGGCCGGGAGGGCGGCCGGCCGUGCCGAGCAAUCGCCCCUGCGCGAGCUGGGGACGCAGCACCUGCAGCCGGACCAGCGCCUGUCCCGCAGCCAGUCCGACGUGUUCCCCCCCAAAUCGCCCGGCCUGCUGCGGCCGCCGGAGCCUUACGGCGGGGCCAGGACCAAGGAGGCGUCCCCCCGCGUCAACCCCUUCUCCCAGCGUGAGGACCUGAAGGGGGGGAAGAUCAAGCUCUUCGACACGCCGAGCAAGUCGGUCAUCUCACUCACCUUCGACCUGCCGCCCCCGGCCCCGCUCCAGCUCAGCACCCCCGUGACGCCCGAGCCCGCCGUGGAGGUGCAGUGUGACUUCUCGGCCCCUGCUGCUGCCCCCCGCAAGUGCCACUCGCUGCCCGCCUCCCCUGAGCUGCCCCACCGGGGGGGCCUGGCGCUGGGCGUGGGGUCCCCCCGUCCCACUGACAACCCCCAGCCCCCCCACACCCUCCUUCCUCCCCCAGUUCGGGGACGAGCCUCCCCCCUCAGCCCUGGGGCGGAGGAGCGGAUGGACUGUGGCCCUGACACCCCAGAGCCGCCACAGCCCCCGCAGCCGCCCCCCAACAGCAACUUUAUCCGCACGGCAUCCUCAGGCGCCCGACCCUGGCAGCCAGAGCCACGAGCCCUCAACGGGCUCCUCUUCAACAACAACCACGUGGUGGUCAGCAAACCCCUGGCUUGGGGCAGCGGGCUGGAGCACGGCUUCUCCGAGCUCAGCAUCCCCUGCGCCGCGACGCUGGAGCGGACGGAGCUCGUGGCCAUGCUGCCGGGGCACAGCUCCGGUGCUGUGCUGGAGCAGGAUGAGGUGCUGCCCUGCCCCGGCUGCUGCCUGGGUCCCUUUAGCUUCAGCUUCGCCUCCGUCUGCCACCGGCCGGCACCCAGCCCGCCCCGCUACCAGAACCUCAACUGCGAGGCCAAGAGCCUCCUCUGCCAUGACCGGGGCCGACACCAGAAAUCCCCGGGGCCAGUGCUGGCAGAGCCCAGCCUGAAGCUGCCGGAGGCACAGUCCUAGUGCUGGGGACCCCUGGGGAGCGGGGCUGCAUCCUGCCCCACCCCCAGACCCCUCCGCAGCCACAGCGCCGGGCAGCUGGAGGAGCCCGGCACGUCCCCACGGUCUGUCCUGGUUUGCUCCGUGCUUGGUGGCCACUGGUGUCCACGGUGCCCCGUGCCAUGGCCACCACGGUGCUGCCCAGGUGCUUGGGCACCCAUCCCACCAGGAUCGGCCUCGGGGGGGUCUGUGGGGAGCCCCGGGGGUGGGCUGGGUCCCUGCCGGGGACUGAAGUGCAAUAACACCCCCGCCCUGAGCGUGCACCCAGGCAGCUGGGCUGGUCCCCCAUAGGGCCCCAGGGACUCAAACCCUGGAUGCAGGACCCCCCUUCCCCCAGGGCUCAUCCCUCUGCAGGCUCUCAUAGAGGGGUGUGCAACGUGCUUGCUCCCCCGGGAGAACCAGCAGCCCCCCGCCACUUCCCAGGCCAGGGGGUGAGCAGGGCUGGGCUGGGGGCAGAAGGGUCAGUGUGUGUAUGUGUGUCUUGGGGCUGGGGGGAGCGUCCCCCGCGCUUGCCCCACAAGUGUGGGGAGUGCAGCCGGUCCCUGACGCGGGGGAAGGCGUGCGGGGGAUAGGGGGAGGUGUGUAGGGGAUUGGGAGAGGGGUGCAGCCCACGGACAGGGCAGUGCAUGGGGAGGAUUGCCAGCACUGGGGAUAUCCAUGCCCGCCCAAUGCCGAGGGCUGGGUGCUGAGCCAGCACGGCAUCCCGCGCCCCUCAAGUAGGGUGCUGGCAGAGGGGCCGGGUGCCAUCCUGGCAGUGGGGGAAGGAGCCGGUGGGCAUCAUGGCCAGGCUGCCCAGCCCCCGGCAAGGGUGGGAGCCGGCUUUCCUCCCUCCGGCACAGUGCACUGGUGAAUGCAGAACUCUUGUGUUUUUUAUUAUUAAUAAUAAUAAUUGCUAGUAAUAUAUACCCAGCUUAUUUAAAGUGUUCAAUAAAAACUGAAUGUCCCAGCAA